CCAAGCCGCCAUUACAGCCGCGCCGAUGUCAAUGCUCCCAUCGCCGCCGGCGAUCUCGCCGGCGCGGCUGCACAAGCUGGUGACGUCGCAGCCGGACCCGCUCCUCGCGCUGGAGCUCGUCAACGUCACCUCCCCGACCACCACGCCGCACCCUGCCACGCUCCACUCCCUCCUGCUCCGCCUCGCCCGCCGCCGCGACCACCUACCCCACGCGCUAGCGCUCCUCCGCCGCCUCCCAGACCCGCCGUCCCCGCGCCUCCUGCUCCCGGUCCUCCUCGCUGUGCUCCGCCUCCGCCGGCCACCUCAGCUUUUUCUCUCCACCUUCAACUCCCUCUUCGUCUCCGGCCCCAGCCCCCUGCCGCUCCACCCUCAGCUCCUCCUCCGCCUCCUCAGCGUCCUCUCCUCCACCGCCUCCCACUUCCUGUCCGCGCUACACCUUCUCCGCCUCGUCUCCUCGCGGCUACCCCUCCCCUCACCGCUCGUCCUCGCCUCCCACAACUUGCUAAUCGAGGCCGCUGCUCGUUCCGGUCACGUCGCCGUUUCACUCUCCCUCUUCCACCGUAUCCGCUCACUUAAUGUAUCCCCCGACGCCGACUCCUACCGCAUUCUUACCCAGUCACUCUGCCGCAAGGCCCAGGUCCGCACUGCGGCUACACUGCUCGACGAAAUGCUGCACAGGGGCAUCCCCGCCGAUCCGCUGGCGUACACCACCGUGUUGAACGCCCUGUGCCGCAAGAAGCAGCUCCUAGAGGCAUAUCGCUUGCUCUGUCUCAUGCGAGGCCGUGGAGUUUCCCCUGACAUUGUGCAUUACAACACGGUCAUUGUUGGGAUGUGCCGCGAGGGGCGGCCACUGGAUGCAUGCAAGGUUGUUGGUGAUAUGGUGGAGAGUGGAUGCACACCAAAUGCAGCAACAUAUGUGACAUUGGUGAAUGGGUUGUGCGUAAGUGGAUUAUACGAAAAGGCAGAGACUUACCUGGUGGAUAUGGUGGGUAAAGGGCUUGUGCCACAUUUCUGUGUUUCACUCAGUUAUCAAGGGUUGUUGUGCAGUUGGCAAAGUUAAGGAGGCUGCACAAAUCAUGAGUUGGAUGCUUGACCUUGGAGUGAUUCCACAUGUUGAGAGCUGGAGUUCAGUGAUCAGGUGUGUUUGUAACGAUGAGGACUGUAUUGAGGCAGUAUUGUUGCAGAUGGUGACAGGAAAGCGGCGUGGUUCAAGCACAAUCUCUAGGAGUACCUUAAAAU